CUUUGUCAUGCAAAUGUUAAUUGUGUUUGUAACUCGGUUUAACAUAUUAUUUUAACUACAUAUUUACAAUCUGAUAUAAAAAUUUUGAAUCAACUGCCGCGCAAGUUUUAUUGGCGAAUUAGAGAUUUUGUUUUGGUCGUAGAAAAUUGCAUUUGUUAUUCGCAUCAUGGAAAACAUAAAUAUAAAAUGCGAAAACACCUUCGAUUGGGAUGAUAUAAACGUUGGCAAUCAUUACUUAGAUCAUUCCGAGAAUUUUUUUGGUUCAAAACAUAAAUUGCGGAGCAAGCAAGAUGGACUUAAGUUACAUAAUGAAGAGUCUGAAAAGGUAAAGCUAAACGAUUCAUCUCACAAGGAACAAGAUGCAAAAAUAUCAACCAGCGGGAACGAAGAAAAUCUCGAAGUCAAGAAGGAAUCCGCUGUGAAUCUAGUUCAAAUGUGGACGGAUAAAAAAAAGAUGGUAACUGCGUCGAAAGGUGCGAUACCUAAAAAUACACCGCGAACGCCAAAAGCGUACAAAGUGAUUGAUUAUUACAAAAAGAAAAAGGAAGAGGCCGAACGAUUGCGAGCUGAGGAAGAGCGAAGUAAACGCGUUUUUCAUCCCAAGCCAAUGCCAAAUUUUAAUUAUUAUCACGAGAAAUUAGAAAAGCAAAUGGUUGUUCACACUAUAACCGUCCCUAUUACCCCGGAAGUUCUUAAACAUUCACGUUCAAUUAAACAAAGGAGUGAAAAGAAGCCAGCAGAAUUAAAACAGAAAGAACAGGUCCCAAAAUUUGAAUCACGUCCACCCUCCGUGUUAAAAGUAAAGCCUUUUUUUCCCGAAAGAAAACAUACGACGAAUGAGCAGCGUCCGUUUAAUCUUCCUAUGGAACGGCGCUUACAGGAGCGUAAACAAUAUAAUGAAGCUUUAAAACAAAAUUUUAAAGAAAAACAAAUCCAGGAAGAGCAGCAAAGAAAAAAGCGGGAGGAGGCGUACGAAAAAGAACUACGAAAAGCUGCCACCUUUAAAGCCCGACCAAAUCCAUUUAAAAAAUAAGUUCGCUUUUAGUACUAAUUAAGAAAAAAAUAAAAAUAAUUAUAUAAAUAAAUAAGAACAAGGGAAGUAUUGUAUAAGAGAUUCUGCCACGUACUCUCAACUCUCAUCUAAAUCAUAUUAUAAUCCGUUUUAGUCUUACUUUCUUCAAUUGUCUGUUUUGUUUGCUUCGUUUAAUUUGUAAUUAAUUUUCGUCUUAUUUCAAUUUCUAUGCAUCUCGAUUAAAAAAGUUAUGAAAAUAAAAAAAAGUAAAGUGAAGAAAUUAUUCACAAAACAUCACAACAUUAAGUACAUGAAGUAAUGGCUCCUGAAGAAAUUCUCUUCUCAUCGACAAUCGAAACACACUGACAUGUCCACAAUGACAAUGAUGACAACAUGUUGUCAUCUUGCAUUUAAAUGUUAUAAUAGAAUAACAUUUUUAUUACAUCGGUUUUUAUCUAUCUAAAACUAUAUAUAGUCUAUAAUAAAUUGUCAAGCAAAUCCCUUUGUGUGUGUGCCUCCCCUCCCGGUAGUGAUUCGCAGCAAAACAAUUGCAACUUAUCCCCGAUUCUAUGCUAUUCUAUAUUAUCUUUAACUUUCAGGCAAUAUUUCGUGUGUAACCUUCACUCGUUCGUUACGCACUUACGAUCUAUGCUGGUAUGCUGCGGGUAAAAGAGAAGAUCAUUAAGAAAAAAAACAACAAAAAAAAAGACAGAAUUUUGAUAAAAAAAAAAAAAAAAA